GGUCAUCAGCCGCGUUCGCCUAUGGAAGAAAAACAAACCGAAAAUGGCGUCUUGAAUACUUUGCUAUCGCAUGACUGUUGAAUUUAGGAUAUCAUUGCAUUAAAGCUGUGUAUCAGGAUUUAAGGAUGUCAGGUCAUGUUCCUGGAUCAUCGACCUCAUCAUCCGUGACAGAAGAGCUGUAUUUUCUCAUCGCCCGGUUUCUUGCCCAGGGACCUUGCCGUGGUGCCGCAGAGGUUUUACAAAGGGAAUUGAAGGAAAACAAGCUUUUACCGAAAAGAAUCGACUGGGAAGGCAGAGAACACGAAAGAAGUUAUGAAAAUUUGGUGGAAUUGAACCGACACAUUAAAUCCGAUCACCUGUUGAAGAUAUGCCAGCGUUUGGGACCCUUGUUGGACAAAGAGGUCAAACCCAGUGUCUGUGGUGUCCAGUCACUGCUAGGGGCCGGGAGCCAGUCCCUCCUCAGAACCAAAGAGGGUAUAGAAAACCCAGUAUGGACCCCACCCACCCACGUGGUGACCCACCACCAGCGCCCCCUCCAUCCUCCUAAAAACCUUGUCUGUCCAGAAUUUGUUUACGUGAUGCGGGGAAGAGAGAUGUCAGGACAAGCUCGUAAUGACCACACAUGUCCUAACCAUUUCUACGCCAAGAUCAACAUGCAUGCACGAAAGCUCGGCCAUUUAUCUGCUGUGUACUGUGUAUCAUUCGACAGAACAGGGCACUACAUCUUUACAGGAGCAGACGAUGCUUUGAUAAAAAUUUGGAGGGCGUGUAAUGGCCGUCUCUUGGCCACACUCAGGGGACAUAACUCUGAGAUCACAGACAUUGCUGUGAAUUACGAGAACACACUACUGGCAUCAGGCAGCUGUGAUAAAACAAUCAGGGUGUGGUGUCUGAGGACGAAAGCCCCCAUAGCAGUACUGCAGAGUCAUACAGGGACCAUCACAUCACUACAGUUCUGCCCUCAGAGCCGGAGCGAGUCUCGGGUGUUGAUGUCCACAGGAGGAGAUGGUUGUGUCUGUUUUUGGGUGUGGGAUAUGACAACCAACACCUUCAAUCCUAAACCUCACAAGUUUAUAGAGCGGUCGAGGGCUGGAGCCCAGAUGUUGUGUUCCUCAUUCAGUCCAGGGGGAGUGUUCCUAGCGACAGGAAGUGCUGAUCAUGUGAUCAGGGUGUACUUCUUGCAUGCCACAAAACCAGAAAAGAUCUGUGAAUUGGAGUCUCAUUCUGACAGAGUAGACAGUAUUUGUUACUGUAACCAUGGCAACAGGUUUGUCAGUGGGAGUAAGGAUGGAACAGCCAGAAUAUGGAGAUAUGACAGACAGGAGUGGAAAGCAAUGGUUCUUUAUAUGAAUACAACACUGGAGAGUAUAAAGAAAACUGAUUUGGAAGAUGUCAAAAAGUUUCGAGUAACCAUGGUUUCGUGGAACAUGGAUGAUUCAUUUGUCAUAACAGCUGUCAGUGAUUUCUCCAUCAAAGUGUGGAAUUCCCACUCAGGAAGCCUGGUCCAUAUCCUCAAAGCUCAUGAAGACGAGAUCUUUGUGUUAGAGCACAGCCCUGCUGAACCUCGGAUAAUGUUAAGUGCAGGGCAUGAUGGGAUCAUUGUCAUCUGGGACCUCCACAAGGGACGGAAAAUCAAGUCUUUCUUCAAUAUGAUUGAAGGCCAGGGGCAUGGUGCUGUGUUUGACUGUAAAUUUGCCCCAGAUGGACUGAGCUAUGCGUCCACAGACUCACAUGGACACAUACUAUUGUUUGGAUUUGGUUCAAAUGAAAAACACAAAAAGAUCCCAGAGGAAGUGUUUUUCCACACAGAUUACCGACCACUGAUGCGUGACGCUAAUAACUAUGUUCUGGAUGAACAAACACAGCAGCCUCCACAUUUAAUGCCCCCACCUUUCUUGGUGGACAUCGAUGGUAAUCCUUACCCACCAAUCUACCAGAAACUUGUGCCAGGCAGGGAACACUGCAAUAACGAACAGCUGGUACCUCAGAUGCAGGUCAAUGAGGAAGGUUCUCAGGAGGUAGUUGGAGACCUUGAAGCCCUGAUAGAUGACAACCACUCAGAGGAUCUUCCUAGAGCUGAGCCCCUCCCAGGCGAACCUCCACCCCAGGACAACCGACGGAAUAUUGACAACUUGAUCCAACAGUUACAAAGGGAGCAGGAUCAGAGAAUAGCCAGAGAGGGACUCUAUCACCUGGGAAGUCCCCCACCCCCUGGAGGUUCCCCAAGGGUCAACAGGUCAAACUCAGUGGGCAAUGUUGGACUGAGGAGAACUGGAGAAAGAGAAGGAGUGCGACAGUCCCUGGGUAAUAUUUCCCAGAGGGCAACACAGUCUGAUAUCGCAGCUUUGAGUCGCAGGGUUGUCAUCAAGGAACUAGACACUGCUGCAAUAUUGAGGGGUGAAGAUAUGAGAAUGGCUUAUGCAAAUGAGGAGGUUAAACUUUUCACUAUGGAGAGAAAGAAGAAACCAUGUAUUUACGAUGCUGAAUGCAGUGAUUCAGGAUCCAACAUGAAAACCAGGCGCAAACAUAAAAACCGUCGGGAAAAUGUUGGAAACCAGCGAGAAAAUGAGGAGGUGGCGACCAACCGACUGGUGACAAGGGCCCUGUAUGACACAGAGGAGGAAGAGGAAGAGGAAAAUGCAGAGGCUUCGAAUUCUGAUGUGAUGUUUAGCAGUGACAAUGAUAAUGACGAUGGGGAGUCUAGUGGGUACUCAGACUGGAUGGGAGAUGCUGGUAUCCAGCCUCCGAAGCGCAAGUCCAAACGGCAGAUCAAACGACGAAAACUUUCUUCCUCCGAAGAUGAGGAGGAAGAAGAUGUUGAUGAUGAAGAUGAUGUUAAUUACGAUGAAGAGAGCACUCGUGAUUCUGCCAGAAGUUCUAGUAGUCGUCGACAACAACCCAAGAGGAAAAAGCCACCCCCACCCACCCGUAAAAAGCCAUCGAAAAAUAAACGAAGAAAAGAAAAAAUUGUGAAGAAGAUGGAGGAUAUAACAGAACUGCCUGAGGAGUUUCGGCCUCCCGAGUGGCUGACUGACGUCAUUCCCAGGAAGUCACCAUAUGUGCCUCAGAUGGGAGAUGAUGUCAUGUAUUUCAAACAGGGUCAUGAACUCUACCUCCUUGCUGUGAAGAAACGCAAUGUUUAUAAAUUGGAUAUUCGCAAGAGCCAACCCUGGCAUGUGAAUCCAAACUUAAGGGAACAAGAGUAUAUGAAGAUUGUAGGAAUCAAAUACGAAGUUCGCCCGCCUCGUCUCUGCUGUCUGAAAAUGGCCUAUGUUGACCUAGAAACUGGAAAACCUACGCGGAAUUCCUUCACAUUUAAGUACCAUGAUAUGCCUGAUGUUAUUGAUUUCAUUGUCCUGAAACAGUCCUAUGACACUGCCAUGAAGAGGAAGUGGAAAACAGGUGACAGAUUUCGAUCCAUGAUUGAUGAUGCAUGGUGGUUUGGCUCCAUUGUGAGUCAGAGUCCAUACGAAGCAAUUUACCCUGACAGUAUGUUCCAGUGUUUUAUUGUCAACUGGGACAAUGGUGAAACAGAGAGACUGAGUCCAUGGGAUAUGGAACCAGUGGAUGAAGACCAUCUGCCGGCUCGUAAUGAGUCCUCUGUGCCCGUCCAGCCACAGGAGUUACGGUCCCUGAUGUACACUCCUGUAAAGGGGGAGUGGCCCGUGUGUGGGCGGGAUGCAGAGUGUGACCGUAUCGCCCAUGGAAUGGAAAGUGUCAUGCAGCAUUCCAUUGCCGAACAAUUCCUCACCCCAGUGGACCUUAACACCUUCCCAAUCUAUGCUAUCAUUAUAGAAUAUCUCAUUGAUCUCACAACCAUUAAGUCAAGACUCGAGAAUCGGUUCUACAGGAGAGUGAAUGCCCUCCAGUUUGACAUCAGAUACAUUGAGCACAAUGCCAUAGCAUUCAACGAACCAGGAACUCCUAUAGUUAAAAGUGCCAGAAUUCUUACGGAGGCCCUGCUCACGUUCACUAGUGACACAGACUGCAUAGAUCCCAUGCCAAUCCUUAAUCAGCUCUGUCAUCAAGAGAAAAUAGGGGGUGUGUCCUCAGGAAGUGAUUCAGAAGGCAAUAAACACAAACAUUUUGAUGAUAAUAAGCCUAGCACCAGCACUAAGAAGAAGUCCCCUCCCACAGUCACCAAAACGCCCGAUUCCUGGAAGUCCGACUGCCUCAACCUUCUGGAGACAGUGUUUCAGUGUGAGGAUUCUAAUCCAUUCAGGUUCCCGGUGAAUCCAGAUGAAUUCCCAGAUUACUUCGACAUCGUAGAGCACCCCAUGGAUCUUUCCACUGUUAAAGAAUACUUGUUGAGUGAUAGAUAUUCCAACCCUAACAAUCUUUUCAAGGACUUCAGGCUCAUCUUCUCCAAUUCCAAGAUAUUCAACACCAAUAAACGCUCCAGGAUAUAUGCCAUGACCUUGAGAUUGUCUGCUUUGGUGGAAGAGAAAAUGAAGGAGAUUAUAAAUGGAUGGCACUUGGCCAUCAAGCACAAAAAAAUCUCAACUCGUCUAUCUCAAAGCAACUACAACUCUAACAUGUCUAAUGCAUACAGCACCAGGAGUUGUAGAAGUCAGCCACGACGAAUGGCAGCUACUGCUGCGUCAUCCAACAUCCGAGCUAGUUCUCUCAAUGGUGAAGCUGGACCUUCCACCUCUAGGACCCCAGAAAACACUCAGGACUCUGAUCUCAACACAUCUGCCACCAUCAUAGAGGUGGAUGAUGUUGAAAUGGAGGAUGAUGAUGAUGAUGAAGAUUACGCACCAGUUAAGGCGAAGACAUCUUCCCCAAGAAAGAGGCCAGUAAGGAAGCCAGUGGUGGAGAACAACCACUUUGAUUCUGACACUGAAAUAGAGGAAGAAGUGGAGGAACCAGACGAUGAUAAAACAGAGAGUGAGGAGGAAGAGCCAGCUGUCCGCAACGUCUCAAGGUCAACCAAGGGCAAGGGUAAAAGGCUUUUAACAAAUGGAAAUUCAAAAAACCAUUACACAACUCGAGCAUCUACAGGGUCCAUCAAGGUUAAACACUUCAAGAAGAGUGGAUCUUACUCAGAAUCGGACUCCGAGUCACAGUCCAGUGACAAGGGAUCAGCAGCAGCAUCUAACGACUCAUCAUCAGAAUCAUCAUCAGACUCAAAAACGGAAUCCGACUCUAAGUCAAGUGACUCUGAACAAAGCCCAAAAGCACCUCCAAAGCGAAUGGCUCCUCGAUUACGAACUGAACUUGACUCCGGUAGAAGUAAACUGAACAAAAAUCAAGGAGGGAAGGGACGCGAGAAAGCAGGUACCUCAGGAACUCGACGAACUAGGAAUCAGGGAAAACGAACCGUCCGUUAUCAAGAAGAUAGUGAUUAUGAAUAUGGUGACAGUAGUGUGUCAUCUUCACACAGGACUAGAAAGAGGGCUCGUAUUAUGGUGUCUGAUGAAGACAGUGACACUGAAGAGUCUGAUGGAAAUUCAGAGGUUAUGAGAAGUAGUAGGGGCCGAAUCAGGAAGCUUACUCCACGGGCCAUGGCUAGUCUUAAACAAUAACAGAUGGCAGGUUCAACAUCAGAUGUUGACACUGCCAGACCACGAGGAAUGUGUUCACAUUUCAUGAAUUAAAUGUACUCACUGUAAUCAUUCUAAUGAAAUUUACCCUCAAGCUUCAGAGCUGGUGGCUAUUGAAAAUUCCAGCAUCUGUUUUUGCCCCAGAAAGCAUUUUAGAAUUGGUUAUCAAGAUUUUUAGAAGAGUUAGUAUGAACAGAUUUUGGUAACAUCCAUUUACAUGUGCAUAUGCAAGCUUAGAAGUCUUGUGAAUGAGGAUGAUACACAUUAUUUUCUGGGCACAAGCUCACUUGCCUGCCCUGUGAAAUAUUGCCAGAUGCAUAAAUACAAUGUAGUGUAACAUACUUGUAGUUUUUAGAAGCAAGGACUGAUGUAAAUUGGUUCACGAAAUUUUUAUGAAUACCGGAACAUGUACAAGGGCAAGUUGCGAAUAAGGAAGCACUUUCUCUUUAGAAUCAAAAGGUUAAAGGACCAUAGAAUGUUACUGGGACAAACAUAGUGUACAUGGUUACUGUUGGCUAGAUUUCUAAGUCUUCAUACCUCAUUAAACUACACAAUUACCUCAAGCUGUGGAGACAGUUUUGUGUACAUUCUGCUUCUUCUGAGAUUGUAAUGUUUCCUUUUAUUGUCCUCGCUAUUUCGGAUUUAGAAAUUAGUAAUUACCUGUGAAAUGAGUAUAGAUUUUUCGGGAUCUUCGGUUUGCAAUGUAUCCAUGUUAACAGCAUUUGUACAGCAGCGUUACAAGGACAAGUCUUUAAUAUACAUUUUACAUUUAUUUAUUUUGUAACAUAUAUACUCACAUCAUGAAUAAUUUGACCCCCAUUUUAAUUCACAGGAACUGUGAUAUUUUAUUGAAAUCAUGAAUUAUGAAUUAAGAACACAAUUAGUAUGAAUACCUAGUGAUAGAAAAGUUAAUUUUAUGGUGUUCCUAGUAAUAUGAUAACUUAUGUUUCACAACCAAGGAGUUCAAAGUUGUGCCAUCUGUGUACCUAUUAAGGAAUGGAUUCUUUUCACAUCGAUUGAACGCACUGAGAUAUAUUUUUAUGCGACAACUGUAGAAUGUAUACAUUCUUUUGAGACCCAGAAAAGUAGGUGUUGUGGGUCUUGGUUUUUGCGUCAAGGUUGCCCUAAUAACUUGAAAUUCCAUUACAGCAGAUAUGACUUAAAUAUAAUUGUGUUUCAUUUAAAAUUUAUUUUAAUUUGCAGCAUAAUCACUAUGCAUGAACAUGUCUGUUUGCAUAGCAGAAUGAAUAAACAUUGGCAAACAAGAUAUAUAUAAGGUAGACCGAAUUUCCUCUGAUAAAUUUAGAUUGUUUCCGUACUACUGUUUUUGGAAGUUUUUAUUUAACAACAACAGUAUAUUAAAAUAAAGAAGGGGUAAUGGAUCAUUUAAGAAAGGUAAAAUGAUUUUCUAGAUCUUUUUCUUUGGAUAAUAUUAUGGGUAGGGCAUUUUAAAUAGCCUCUAGAGGGGUAGCAGGUUCAAGAUAUCAAACAUUUUACUAUACUCUGUCACUUUUGUCAAUUACGAUUUCUUACCAUAGUACGGGAAAUCUUUUCUUGAUUUGAUUUUGUCCCAAUAAGUCAUUACUUCCAAAUUUUUCAAAUGAGAGGAUGUUCCAGUGAUAUUUUACUGCACAGUUGAUUUACCAAAAAUAUAGGCCCCUAAAAUUCAAUUUCCCCAGACCCAAUUUUAGCAUUAAAUGUUAUAAGUGUCAGUAAAAAAGAGUCAUGAGGCUCCAUGACCCACAUCGUUCAAAACUCAAGAGGAUGCAUAUACAGUUUAGGGCAUAUAUUCUUAAUAUCUGUCUGAUUGAUGACAAGAACCCAUUCUUUAAACAGGAUUUAUAUUUUAGCACCUUUGAUGUUGAAAGCAAAAUUAUUACUUUAUGUUUUGUGCUACAACACAAAAUUCUUAAUCAUAGAACAAAGUAGAUAUUAAACAUGACAUGCCAAAUAGUCAGUACAUCUUUGAUUUUACAAAUACACUGAAAUAGUGAUAUAUGUACAAUACCCUGCCCCUAUUGGAUUUCUACACCCAAACUUUGUUGUCAAAUUACUGCAGAACCAUUUACGAGAAAAUUGCAUAGUAUAAUUUAGUGAGAUGCAACCCAUACACACAUCUCUCCUUCUCUCUUCUUAAUCGGUAUUGCUAUUGUGUUGCAAUGAUUCAUGGAAUAAUUGAAUUUCAAAUACAGAAUUACCAUUUUGUAAUACACUUUUAAUAAAGAAUGUAUAUUGAUAGAACUUGCUAAUUAAUGUUAUUAGAUAUUGCAUUGACAGAUUCACUCGUGCAUGACCCCGCUGACCUUUAGCAGUAGUUCAGAUAUACUAACAGUAGCUCUCGUUUCCUCGUCAUUUUUGUCUUCCGUUCUGACCCAUCAUAAUUUCAUUCAACAUUCAGCAGAAGAUAUUGCAACAACAAAUGCAAUAGUACAGUGCCAAAAAAACAUCACCAUUUCACAAUAUCAUUUUCCUUUCAGAACUUCUAUGCAAGUUCUUAAACAAAGUGCUUUCAUUCUUACCAGGAAAGAUUUUCUUGAUUUGCUCUAAACUUUUCAUUGAUCUCCAACACACAAUGCUGUUUAAAAGAAUGUACUGGUGAAAUGGAAAGCAUGAUAUUAGGUUUAAUUUCUUUCUUCAAAGAUAGUAAUGUGGGUUUUUUUUACACUAAAAUAUCUUAAUCUGAUAAAUAUAUUUACAAAAUGUAGAUUGUAGGAAUUAAUAUUUUUCUUUGUUUUAAAUACAAAUUUUCUGUAUACUGUUUGGUAUGAUGUUUUUUAACAUUGUUUGAAUCAACCAAUUCUCCUAUUAUACAUGUACAUACAGUGAAAACUUGGAUUUUUUAUUAGGUGCAAAACUUGCAAAAGCAAGAGCGAAUCAAAAUCCAUUGUCUAUUGAUAAAACCUUAUUUUUUCUCACCAAAACUAGGAAUUCACUGCCUGAAUACAAAAUCUGAUGCGACUGAAUCGGAGUAAGGGUUAGAUUGACUGCUUGUGGAAUGUGUGAUUUAUUUUUGUUAUUUUUCCGUGUUGAGAAAAAUUGUUGCUUUAUUAUACAUUUACAAACUUUUUGAUACAUAAUGUUUAAUGUCCAAUAAACAAUGAAAACUUUU